AUGGAUAAGCUGAAGUGUUUCGCGACCCUACCACCGUUCUCAUACGCGGAUGUGCCGCUGGCCGAACGCCGCAGUAAGUGGCAUGUCUGGAAAAGAGGGUUUGAAAUUUGUCUCCGUGCUUCCAAGGUGACGGAUGCCAUUGAAAAGAAAGAUCUACUGCUUGCUCAAGGAUCCGGCCAGGCUACAACAGAGCCUUCGAUUCCGGAUAAUGUCGAGCAGUCUGAUGAUUUACCGAUUGAUGGACCGCAGAAGCCAGAGGAGACAGCUAACGCUGAAGCAGCUGCUGUCAUGCAGCAGUCAGGAUCCGAAGACGAUUCUGCCAAUCGUGGUAGAUCUCAACGCACUAUCAGGUUGCCGAGGCGUUACAAUGAAUGUUUUAUGAAAUAUUAAUUGUUAUAAAAAAAGGGAGAUGUGGUAAUGGGUCUGUAAUAUAUCUAUGGUCCGUAUGUGUACGAACA